GGCCCUUCACGUCUUUCACAAAUUCUGCUUCAUCUAAAUAAGGCACCAAGACCUCAUCUGGCAGGAUUAAAGAACUUGAAGUUGACGCUGGCUGCCAGGAAUGACCAUUUCGGCGCGCGACAUUUCUUGAAAGAGGAUAUGCCCCGCAUACGGUAUGCGAAUCCAAACUUGAGCAUUGAGGUCAGCAAACUUCCGAGGACUGUUGGAGACACUUGGAAGCCCGAGAUGGUGCUCGAAUUCCGUGAUGGGAAAACGCGAACAUUCGAUCUAGAAGACAAGUGGUCCUCGAACAUAUUUAAGGAACUGAUGGAAGCUGCUGGAGGAGCGUCGUGGACGCGAUGGAAAGCUGAGCGUGAAGCAUCCGGCCUGCCCAUCGUC